GGUCCAAACACGCGUACACGGCGAUGGCAAAGGUCACAAUAUUUCGCCAAUGAGUUCAGUCUGGUCCUUCCACUUCCCGAACAUGUUUCUUUGGAGACUAGGACAGGGCAUGACAGCAGGACGUAGCUUAUGCAACUCACAACGCAUCUUUACAGUCUUUGUCCAGGUGUCCGUUCAGAGAACUUAUGCCAGCAAGCAGAGCGAGAAAAAGAAAGCAAGGGCCUUCGUGGACUGGCGCCGCGUGAGCGUUGAAGGAGGGAAGGGAGGGAAUGGUUGUUCGGCAUUCAUCCGCGAGUUUGGCCGGCCGUUUGGUGGCCCCGGCGGUGGAGACGGUGGCAGCGGCGGAAACAUUGUCAUCAAAGCUAACAAGAGAGUAAAAUCCUUAGCUAAAGUGAAGAGUAUUUACAAGGCCGAGAACGGUAGCCCUGGUCGCAAUAAUAGUUGCCAUGGAAAAAACGCCUCACAUACAGUGAUCCCAGUUCCGGUAGGAACGUGUAUCAAGGAAAAUGGCAAUGUCGUAAUAGACUUGGAGAGGAAUGGAGAUGCUGUGGUUGUAGCACAUGGGGGACUGGGUGGUAAAGGCAACCAGUUCUUUUUAUCAAAUGAGGACAAGGCUCCCACAUUGGCCACAGCAGGUGAGUCAGGAGAGAAAUGUGUACUUGACCUAGAGCUAAGGACAAUUGCACAUGUUGGGCUGGUAGGAUUCCCCAAUGCAGGCAAGUCGACCCUGCUUCGAGCAAUCUCGCGUGCUCAGCCAACUGUUGCAGCCUACCCUUUUACUACACUGAAACCCCAUGUGGGGAUCAUCCAGUAUGAAGAUUUCGAGCAGGUGGCAGUGGCUGACAUCCCAGGGCUCAUACGUGGCGCACAUCUCAACAAAGGCCUUGGCCACUCUUUUCUUCGCCACAUUGAGCGCUGUUGCUUUCUGCUCUUUGUUGUUGACCUGUCUGUCAGAGAACCUUGGACACAGGUGGACGACCUGAUGUAUGAGUUAGAGAUCUACCAAUCAGGUCUUUCUUCCCGGCCACAUGCUGCAGUGGCAAAUAAGAUGGACUUGCCUGGAACUUCAGAGAAACUGACGCUUUUACAAGAACAUGUGGACAUGCCUGUCAUACCUAUUUCUGCAAAGGAAGGACGGGACGUAGGCAUGGUGAUAAACCACAUACGUGAACUAUAUGACAGGGAUAUGGCACAGGUAGCAAAUCAAAAGGGAGAAACAGAAAAUCAGUCUCACAAGAAAACUGUUCUCCUGGAGUGGUAACAUUACAACUGUCUACCUUAGUUUUCUCUGCUGUGGAGGCCUCACCAUUUUUAUUUGUUGCUUCUCGGAUCCUGCUGUCCUAUUUUUCCCAAUUUGAAAACAACCAAAAAAAUUGGCCAUUCCUCCCGUUUUCACUGCCUCUCCUAACUUAACCUGGAAUCCAGUCUAUUCAUGGCACAACUUACUGUAGUUAGUGUAGGCUCUGUACAGGGCCAGUUGCAGCUCUCUUCCACCGGGGUUAUCAUGAUCACACCAGUAGGAUUUUUCGUGCGUAGGACUUUGCCCAGCGGGAGUUAAUUCCCAAAUAAACUAUGGGCCUCAAAUUUCAGUGCCUGUACUUACGUGGCUAUUUUGGAUGGUACUUAUGUUAUUUUAUUGGGGGGGGGGGGCUUUGCUAAUCAGGAUAUCAAGAUAAAAGCUCCUUGGUUGCAUAACAUAUGUGCAAAGGAAAUCUGCAAACUGGUUAUUUGUUAAAUCUGUUGUUAUUUAUUUUGUGGUAACUUUAGUAAGCCCAUCGAUCUCUCAAGCCCCUCGACCCCAAACUUUUAUUCUUACCUCGACCCGCCUGUCAAAUUUUUGUGUGAAAAAAUCUGAGAAGCAACAAUUUAAAUUGCAAUCACAAAUCAGGUUACUUCUUGUCAUGCCCCAGCAGUCUGUAGAUGAAGUGCUUGUUUUCACAGAAUACAAAGCGUACAAUGAUCAAGUAUUUUAUAUUCCAUAGAUACGCAUAGUUCAGCUUACUAAGAGUUUAAAACUGUACAUAUAGUCUUUCCGAUAUUGCUGGGUAAAAUUUUGUUUUUGUCUGCUCUGAUUUAUGCUUUGCUCUAAAUGUAUUGAUCAUAUGCUAUUCUAGUACAGGAGUGGCUGACAAUGAAUUGAUGUUCUGCUUUGCAUACAUGUAGGUCCUAUGUGACUAUAAGUAAAUGUUUUUGUUCUCACUUAGCUUACAUAUAUUUCGUUUCUAGAACGUGUAUACAAGAGCUUUAGAAUGCAGUAGCUAUCUAUGGUGGUACUGUCCAUUUAUGGUGUAGAAGGUUGCUUGCAGCCGUUUACCAGUUGGACAUUUGGCUACCUGCUGAGGCAUAGGAUGCUUACGAGCCAAUGUCAACAUGUUUACAACAACCGUUCUGUUUUAGAAGACAGCAAUGUCCUCUGGUGUCUAUAUGGCGUCCAUCCAUCCAUCCUGUGAGCACUGGUACCUCUGAGCAAGUUACAUUGAUUUGUUUUUCUAUCAGCGAAAAUAAAAACUAGUACUAGUAGUCUUUUCUCAUCUUCCUCAGUUAGGGACUGUUGCUUUUACAGGGUCAAACAUUGGACGUACUGUGUCCUGAUGGCGUCUGGAUUGGACUGUAGCCAGUAGUCGUUGUUAAAAAGAUAAUGAUAUACAGUACAAAUUGAUGUAUUUCUUGUCUUGCAUUCUUUCCAUGUAUUACUUCCAUGAAGGCCUUUGUUCUCACUUUAUAUUUCGUGUAUUUUGUGGCAUUUCUAAUACAAUACUAGCCACCUUGUCACAGAAGGUCAUAU